AUGAACGCGGUCCUGGCUCCACCCCUACCGGUCCAGACCGUCCAGGCAGAUCUAACAUUUAACCAACAGAACAUCCAGCAUAGAGACACCUCCUUCAGUAUCAGCUCUGUUCAGGAUCCAUCCGAUGCUCAGCACUUACAACACAGAAUAGUUAAUCUGGACGAGGUCAGUCUUAGCGAGUGGCUAAAUGGAAGCAUAGCCUCUCCGAGCCCUCCCAUUGUACUAUCGCCGAAGCUUCCUCACUUUCUGCCGGCAGGUGUUGGUACAUCGACCAAUCUGAGCUCUCUGGGCUCGGUACUGCAGGAGCUCAAACUAAUCAAUGAGCGAUUUUGUGAGGAGGAGCUUGUGAGCAUGUCCAUACAGUUACUGGAUGCACUUGCGGCCUCUGAACUGUAUGGGAGGACGAUCGGCAAAGAGCUUGCAGGUGGCUUUAUAACGCUGGAUACGGUUAUGAUGGACGAGGGCCGAAGCAACUACUACCUCACUAGUUGCAGGUACGGAGUCGACAAGACUACUCACACGCUAAUCCACGGACGCAACGGGGCAUUAGAAUCGCUCUACAUUCCGCCGUGGGGAAUCCCCAGCCAAGCAGAGCUUAGACAGGGAAUGACCACACGGGGCUCCUUCGGGCGUGUUCCCUCUUCUAUCUCCUUUUGGAGCCUGGCAAUUUUGCUUUGCGAGUGUAUCCUGCUCAGAUCACUCCCAGUACACAGGGUCCCCCAGCAAAUAGGGGCAUACCGAAAAACCAGCCCUACUGGUAUUGCCAACCUUAUCGUAAAGCUAGCAGAGUCGAAUGGAUGUAGCAAGGACUUUGCUGAGUUUAUGCGCAGCCUAAUGAUGGCCAUGCCUAGCAACAUUAUAGAAGUAGGGCCAUAUCUGCAAUACCCAAUCAUCCAAAAGUAUAUAUCUCAAUGGAAAAAGGAUGGGACACACACAAACAUUAUCAGGAGAUACGAAAGUUGGUAUGCAAAUGAAGAACUGAAUGAGAGCAGCGUGAGCGGUGAUUCCAAAUCUCCCAGAAGUUGA